CAUCGACAGUUAUGGUGAAAACAGAUUCAACAAAUAGUUAAGCAGAUUCAUUCGGAAGGAAAAUUGAUAGUUAUGUUUGUUUUGUGCGUAGAAUUUGCUGUCGCACAAGUUCAAAGUGAAUAAGCAAGAAAGAACGUUUUGCACGGGGUGCCUUUUGUCACCUAGAACAUAAAUGUUUACCUAGAGAAGACGAGCGAACUUCGUUACUGGAUUGGAAUUGAUUAGGAAUCAAUUGACCUUCUGCGUGUGGCCUAAAGCUAAGUGGCACGUCGGGUGGUCGCGUUGGCGUGAAGUAGGUGGAUUUUCCUCCAUCCGUUUACCUCGGAAAGUGACACACGGGGGGUUGUGUGCUCGCAGCAUCGAUAAUCCACGCAAACUUCGGCUACGGAAGCAGUGGCAGCAGCGGGGAGGUGGUACUUGCAUAACCUACGACGACGACGACCAGUACGGCGCUCUCGGAGCGCAACGGUGGCAGUGGUGGUGGCGCACGAGACCGGAUUAAGGCAGCAGCUUACGGACGGGAAUCGAUCAAAUCGAUGGCGCUAGAUCUGCUCGGCCGCAAAAUGCCCCUGGAUGCGUCGUCGUCUUCGAAGCAGCCCUCGGUAACGCCUUCGUCGGUGAGCAGCGGCUCGGUCAUCGGUGGCGUUGGUGGUGGGAGUGCUGGGGUUGGCGGUGGUGGUGGAGGUGCCGUUGGCGGUGGAGGUAGCGCAUCCGGAUCGGGGGUGGCCGGUGUCGGAUCGUCCGGCGGUAGCGUCGUCGGUGGUUCAUCUGCCAUCGGCAAACAGCUGACGGCCAAACGGUCCUUGAAGCUGGGCAGUUUGGCGGAGGACAUAAUGCCCACGGCGAUGGGUGGUAGCGAGGAACCGUUUCGUGCUCGGCUGCACCAUUUAUUCUCACAGAUUGAGAAAGAGUUUGAAUUGCUGCACGCUGAAAACAUGAACCUGCGUGAAAAGCUGGAAGCCGUCGCUGGUACGCCGCGUGAUUCGACCAUCGGCGAGAGGCUGCCACUGCAGGAUGCGUUCGAGGUGGAUGGGUCGGUCAAUAAAAGCUUCAAAUCGAAGCUUGGCAGUGCGGGCAGCAAGGUCAAGGCCGGCCACAAGCUACGUGCACAGACGAGUCGAAUUGUGUCGAGCUUCAAGGCGCAGUCCGUUGUCAGCUCGCUGGUGCGGGAGUUUUGCGGCCAUAAGGAUGGCGUGUGGCAGGUCAGCACGAAGGCCGGCCAGCCCAUCAUCGGUACGGCGUCGGCAGAUCACAGUGCGUGCAUUUGGAGCAUCGACACCGGGCGUUGCCUGCUGCAGUACCAAGGCCACAGUGGUUCGGUGAACUCGAUCAAGUUUCAUCCGACGCGCGAUAUCGUGCUGACGGGCAGCGGCGAUGCAACGGCACAAAUUUGGCAGGCGGCCGUCAACUGGGAGGUCCCGGCCCGGAAGGGCCACUCGUCGGAGGAGGAGCUGGACGAGGAGGAGGAAGGACCGUACGAGGAGAAAGAACGCACCGACGUUCUGCGGACGCCACUCUGUGAGUUCUCUGGCCCAGGCGGACACACAUCGGUGGUGGUAGCUGCCGACUGGCUGCCGGGUGGCGAUCAAGUCAUAACGGCUAGCUGGGACCGGUCGGCCAUUUUGUGGGAUGUAGAGACGCGUGAACCACUGCAUCCGUUGUGUGGGCAUGAUCAUGAGCUAACGCACGCCUCGGCACAUCCGAGCCAACGGCUGGUGGUCACGGCGUCGCGAGAUUCGACCUUCCGGCUGUGGGAUUUCCGUGAUCCAAUCCCAGCAGUUUCGGUGUUCCAAGGACACACCGAAAAUGUCACCUCGACAGUAUUCACGCGCGACGACAAGGUCGUGUCCGGAUCGGACGAUCGCUCUGUGAAGGUAUGGGAGCUGCGGAACAUGCGCUCCGCCCUGACCACCAUCCGCACCGAUUCGGCAGUAAACCGGCUGGCGGUGUCGGCCAGCGGGGUGAUCUCGAUCCCGCAUGACAAUCGCCACAUCCGACUGUUCGAUCUGAACGGGCAGCGGAUCGCUCGGCUGCCCCGUACGAGCCGCCAGGGACACCGUCGCAUGGUGUCAUCCGUCGCCUGGACCGAAGAUAUCAGCUCGCACUGUAACCUCUUCUCCUGCGGUUUCGAUCGACGAGUGCUCGGUUGGGGCGUCUGUUUACCACCGAAGGACAACUAAAAUGGUUUGCUUAGGUUUCUGCGUGCCCGCGCGCACGCGUUUGUGUGUGUGUUCUUCUUCAUCGGAUGGCCAAUUGAUCGAUCGGGGAAGGACGAUAAUCGGUUAGUUUUAUUAUUAUUUCGUUGUUGAUCUGUUUAAUUGUGCAAGGUUGUUUCUGUUUUGUCGUUGACAAACAUUGCCACAUACUUAGUCAUUAGAAUACAGUUGC